AAUACUUUUGUCUUCUAAUAGAAAUAAUUUGAAAAUGGUUGGAAAAAGCAAGAAGAAACGAAAUAGCAAGGAUUCUACAUCCAGUAAUGCCGGAAGUGGCGAGGGUGAGGAGAAAAAGAAGAAAGAAGGCGGUAAAAAGAAAGGGGGCGUGGGAAAGUCCAUUGGCUGUGAUAUUUUCAAUGAUGCUGCCAUGGAAAAUGCUUACUAUGUGUGCCAUAAUGUGCAGGACGUUCUUAAAUCAAGAGGAUUUGCCUGGCCAGAUGGGCAAAAGAAGAAAAAGAAGGGAAAGCGCUAAGAGAGAUAAUAUAAGAGAAAUAUACUAUAGUAAUGUAUCCUUUACUUUAC